AUGGGCGACAAGGUCGAGGACGCUCCUUUCCCGUUGACGGAGGUGGACAAGUGGGUGCUCUCACAGACGGAUGAGGAGUUCAAGUACCACGACUGGGAGGAGCUGAGGAAGAUCAUUGAGACCAACAACCUCUCUGUGCUGAAGCGGAAGCCGUCAGACCUCCGCCGGUAUAUGAAGUGGACAGCUGAGACGAAAGCUGCCUAUGGAUCCAUGACCAACUUCCUGCUGCAACACCGCCUGCCAAAGUCGUGGGGCUCAAUCCCUUUCACGCCCGCCUCUGAGACCCCCUUCAAAGAUACGUCCGACUACACGGUUCUCGUCAAUGACUGGCCCUACGGCCUCACGCCCGGCAUCACCCAUUUCGUCGUCUGGACCCGGACCAUCAUUCCGACAGACCCUGAGACUGGAGACGUGACCCCCGAGAGCAGGAGACUGAUUGUUGACUUUGUCAAGACGUACUUUUCCGACAAGUUAGGACCAGGAGGCGAGAAGCGUGUGGUGUGGUUCAAGAACUGGGUCGCCCUGCAGAGUGUCCGCGCUCUAGAGCACAUCCACGUCCUGGUCAAAGACGCAGAUCCGGCCGUGGUUGCUGAGUGGGCCAAAUAG